UUUGGAUGUAGCCAAAGCACUUAUUGGCUUUUACUGCAAAUCGGCAUUAGCAUUCUGUCUUGCGCAUCAUCAUGGUUUCCAUUUGUAGCUAAACACGGGCCGUUGUUUCAGGAUUUCAGUUCUUGGAUGGCGAAGAAUACUCGAAAUCCAUCCUGACUAUUGAAACCUCUGACCAAUGAUGGGCCGUAGAUUUAUAGAUUUUGAUCCCUUCCUUCUGGGGCUAGCUCAUUCUAUUCUUAGAAGCUAUAGGCUGACAAGUUGGCUAACAGCUAGUUAGCUGUUCAAAAUUACAUUAUUAUAAUGGUGAGGGAAUGGGGAGCGAUCCGAGCAAUCAGAAUUAUUCUAAAAUAUGUGAACGCGGGCUACCAUCUCUGAAAAACACCAGUGAUAACGAUGGCUACAAGAACAGCUAACAUUUAGAAGCUCGGGUAGCAAAUAUGUCAUCCAAUCGGCUUAUCCUGAUCCCAGGCCCCCUCGUAUGAGACUCAUUCCAGCCCUUGCGCGAGGCUGUGUUGGAUGGAAACCGUCGAAACACCUCUGACUCUCCCCAGAACCUCGACGCACAACUUCAUGCCUGAAACUCAAUUCGAAUUCUGACAGUUCGUCGACAUGUUAACUGACUCCCUUGUCUGUGGAUGCGUUGUCGUUUAUUUUGUGAUGAAAAUUCACCAUCUUCCCUUCUUAAAGGUAUCUAGUUGCUCUUUUGUGGGGCCAUCACUUUCUAUUUAUAAUUCUCUGGCUUGAUCCCUGCCUGUCAGAUCUAGGCAGUUUACCGGAGAUCAAAUUUCUGGUGAAAUGGGCUAAAAGCCCGACCUUCACACCUUGUAAUGUACAGUAUUACUGAAAACGAGGGCGAGAGCAUUCUCGGGGAGCACAUUCUCGGGGAGCAUCUAUCUCCUCAACCCUUCAACAACGACCAUUCUAAUUGUUGGGGCUACUUAUAUUGAGGGCCGGCAUAGUCCUUAGGAUAUCGCCAUGCGAGAUAUUUCCCUCUAUAUUUCGUUCAUCACAGGCUGGGUUUGCCUAUUUAAUCUCUCAUGGGCGAGCCCUGUGGAUCUCUCUCUCACAAAAUUCCCACCUUGUCCGAGUCCCCCUACGUGGGAUGUAAAGGAUGCCGCAGGCUUUCCGGCCAAAUGCGCUCGAAUCUCCCACCCGUCCCAGCGUGUUCGAUUAUUAAAAAUCCAGAAUAGGAGAAGACAGAAGGUGCAGUUCCUUGAGCGGACGGCGCCGUCGCAAAAUGGGAAAAAAAGCCCAAUACCAGUUGGUAGCAAUGGAGAGAAAAGACAAAUCAUCGACGAACCCACCCACGAACGUGACCCUUUCUUUCCUGAUCCUAUAGCUACUAGCUUCCCCAAGUUUACUGAUCCUCCUCAAUUCACAAGAACAAUUUGGGAGGAUCCUUUUGAUGAGCCGUCCACGAGCUCCCCCACGACAUUUGUGUCUACAACGAUUACCAGUGCAACUCAGACUAGAACUACAUUUACCCCCCGUACUUCCAUUGCUUUAUCCACUCCUGCGCCGACCCAAAUGCCGGAAAACUCCGAAAUACCGGAACAAUCUAAAUCGGAUGCCGGGCCCAUUAUCGCUGGUUGCUCAAUUGGAGGAAUUGCUUUGAUUUCCAUCCUUUACCUCUCCUUUAAUGCAUGGAGGCGUUCUCGAAAUAAGAACAGAGGAGCUGGGACAAGCACCCUGCCGCCACCAUACGCCAGCCAGCCGAUGGGUGAGAGGGGAGGUGCGCAAACAGGAUUUGUUGCGCGUGAAGCCCCACAAGAGAUUUAUCCCCCCGCGCAGGCUCAUACUGCCAGCUGGACUCAUGGCCCCGGUGCGGAAAACCCGCCAGACGUGCUGGGACAACUCCAACGUCAACCGCGUCGUACGUCAAGGCGCUAUUAUGCUGCAUUCUUCCCCACUGAUACCAAUUCAAACGGUUCCAGCCAGCCAGCCCUCCAAUCGAAUUCAUCAAACAUUCAAAAUCGGGGCACAGGCGCAUAUACAGAGACAUCGAAUCCCGCAGAACCUUUUACCGAUCUCCCAAUCGUUACAGAAGAAUCGCCCCACGGCAAUCUUCCCUUAACAGCUCCUGUACCACCACUUGAAUCGGCAGCAGGAGCAGCAAGGCAACCAACCAGUUAUAGAUCUCGACGUGAUUCCAGGAAUAUCGUCCGUCGUAGCUUGUUUGGAUCUAUAAGCAGUACCAACAGCAGUAACGGUCCCGAUCAGGGAACCACUGACUACGAUUGGCAAAAUGUCUCGUAUCCCACCCCCACAGAUUUUGGCAGACACUAUGACGUCUCCCCCAUCGAGCCAACACAUUCCGAUCGUCUCCCAUUCGGGAACCAGAGGAGCCCCUCGCCUACACUCGAUACACCACAACCGUGGGCUUCCAAUAUCCGACCCAACUCACCUGUGUCGUUAGGCAGCGUUGAAAAUGUGGAUGGACAACAUAGUAUAGCUACGAGGCCCCCUUGAUCAAGUCAUCCGGAGCAAAGUUUUCUUUUUGUUCCUAUUUCGUCUUUGACGGGGAAGUGCAUAUACCUAUCCGCUCCGUACAUAUUCAAGGAAUAGUGGACCCGAAAGCAGAUAUCGUGAAUGAUAACAACGAUAAGGUUUUUAUGACUGGUUGCAAAUGCGGCCCCACUAUUUCCUUUCCAUCUCUACCUGCCUUUUCCCUGAUGAUUUCAUGGUCCUAUUUAUUUAUUUUGUGAAUUGCUAUAUACCCACUAUCGUCCACUGUUGGCUUAUGUCUAUGUAUUCACAUGUGGUUCGAUUGGUUUCGGAUCAAUUAUCUUACCCAGUACAUUUUUGCGUUGAAGGUCUAAACCCUAUCUGUAUAUUUUUGUUAUAUAUUUCCUACUAUUUAUAGCUGCAAGUAUGGCUAUUCUGAGUAGGGGAGCGCCGAAGUUUUCGACGUAACACACAGGCUCGAUUAUCACCUGCAUUGAAUAAAUGUACACAUUUUCCUUUCGGAUAACAAAUCCCACUCUUUUGCAGCUUCUGCAGGGAUCUAUUUGUGCUAGCUCAAUGAAAUGAUGCUCCGUAGAGGGAGCGAAAACUAGAUCCCGAUGGCACCUGUCUAUACAUAAUGCAGCAUCGAUU